AUGGUGUUUCAGGACGAACAGAGUCGCGCCCAGUUGCUUCUAGAGUGCAUGACUUACGGUCGUGACGACAAAUGCAUGCGGCGUACGGUUACGCUUCGCCGCGAACUGCUAGUUCUUACUACGGCUGUCACCAUCACCUGUUCAGCCAACUCCAGUGACGUCCGGAAUCGCUGCUUACUCUGUUUCCACCUGGGGAUCAUGUGCCAUAUCCGUCAACAAGUUCAGCCAGUCAUUCCCCACCCCCCCCCGUUUGUGCCUAUACGCUGCCGGCCGAGAAAGGGCCUCAACGUCGGCUGUGACAGUGCUUCACUUCUUUUUAACGUGUUCACCUUUUUCUCCGGCGUCAACCAGGGAACGUGCUUCGUUACCACACUGACGUUGUUCCCACGUGCACACGGCUACACUCAUCUGUGUACCCCCCCUCCUGCCCACCGCCGCAGUCGUCCAGCUGACACGCCAGAUAGCGAGGGACCACAUGGGCCGACCGAAGAUUGCGACGUUAUCUGGGGUUCGACACGCAAAUCGAACGAAUACAUGUAUACGCAAAUUCUGUUUCGCUAUCGAGUGCAUGCGUAUCUGAGAUUAUUGUUUAAUGCCGAUUAUUUUAUCUUGCGGCAAGAACGUCAAUUGCCUGAUGGGAAUCCGCGAUAUGAGGCGGGCGCAACUGUGCCGCUGAUCUGGUGUUCGACCGCCUGUCCGUCCGUCGGUCAUUCGCUUGGCGGCGUCGCCGUUGUAUCGACUACGGUGGCGUCCGUAUUCAUGAUACAGUACGCUGAGUAA